GUCGAGGAAGAGCAAUAUUAUGAUGAACCAUUUGAUGAUAAUGCGGAUUUGUUCAACCAAGAUACGUUAUUUCAAGAAAAUCUCAUUUCUGAAGAAGACGGAAAUGACGAGGAAAUGUUGAACAAUCAAUACGAUCGAUUUCUGAGUGAAACGUUGUGUCCAUGUUCAGUAACAACAAAAGGAGAAGCACUAAUGAUGGCCAUACUUAUAGGUCAAAAACACUGUAUGACUUGGAUUGCGAUACUUGAUAUCAUAACUAUGAUAAAUAAGUUGUACAGUAAUGAUGUUUUACCGAGUUCAAAGUACAGUUUAUUCAAAUAUUUUCCAUUAGCCGAAGACACUAUUAAAUUCCACUUAUUUUGUCCAAGUUGUCAAAGAUACAUGGGUGAACAAUCAAAAUUACGUUCGGGUAACAAAGUAAUAUGCCGUACCUGUGAGAAAGAUAUUGAUCAUGUUGUAAUAUCGUCAUUUUUUGUGACUUUAAAUUUUAAAUAUCAGCUGCAAACUUUAUUAAAUAAUCCAAAUAUUUCGAAACAUUUAGAUUACCGUUUCUCUCGACAAAAAGAAAACAAUGAUACAUUGGAAGAUAUUCAUGAUGGCGAUAUGUACAAAAAAUAUUUGGCUCCAGAUAAUCCAUUAGAUUCUAGAUGGAAUUUGUCAUAUACUUUCAAUACGGAUGGGUGUCAAGCAGCGAAUUCAAGCAAAACAUCUAUUUGGCCUGUAUAUGCUAUGAUACAUGAGUAUGAUAUAAACAUGCCGCCAGAAAUACGAACAAAACAUAUGCUUCUAAUCGGAUUAUGGGUACACAAUAAAGAACCCAAUAUGAACACGUUUUUACAACUGUUGUACCCUUAG